AGGUGAAUGCUGAUGAAGAAAGAGAAAGAUAGACAGAGUGAAAGAGAAAGAGGAAGAGAGACAGAGACAGAAAGACAGAGAAAGAGAGAUAGAGAUAGAGACCGAGAGAACCGGUGGUAGCCACGAGGAGGAGCACGGUCGGUCGAACCGACCCAAUAGUCAGUUUUUGCCUCUCGUACGCAGUGGGCGACGCUGCUCGUGACGGGACGCACGAGCGUGUCAUGUCACACGCGUGACAAGAGUGUAACGCCGCAACUAUACGGCGGGACAGAGAGACUGACGAAGAGAUAUUGAAAGAGGGAGGAAGGAGGGAAGGAAGGAAGGAAGGAAGGAAGGAAGGAAGGAAGGAAGGAAGGAAGGAAGGAAGAGAGAGAGUAGAACGAAAGAAAAAGAGAGGGAGGGAGAAGGUAACGUGUGCGUGCGGUCGUUGUGCCGUGGCGGGUUUUAUUUCCCGUGUGCGAUUUUAGGAUCGAAUUAAUCGAACCAUCAGAACACGCACGCACAAUUAUGUUACCGGCUUCACAAGGCGACAGCAGUAAUAGUAUCGUCACCGCCGCCACCAUCGCCGCCACCACCACCACGACCAUCCACCAUCAUCAUCAUCAUCAUCACCACCACCACCAAUACCACCACCAUCGUAAACUUUGUAACCGUCAACGACGACGAUGAAAACGAGAAGCUCUCCACUUUAAGAUCACGCGCCGGAUUUUUCGCAAACGGUUAAGAAAUCAGACCACGACUACUCUACUAAAUAUCGCCGGCUCACUUCCGAAUAAUUCGCUUUUCCGCGGCAUCGCCGUGAUUUUUGAAUAGGUAGGUAGAUGAUAAUAAUAAAGAAAAGAAAGUGACAGAGAGCGAGAGUGAGUGAAUGAGUGUGUGUGUGUGUGAGAGAGAGGGAGAGAGAGGGAGAGAAAGAGAAAGAGAUAAAAGUAGGAUUAUUUGUUUUUAUAGAAGGAUUCGCAAGCAAGCACGUGUGUUCGAUUCGAGAAAACUAGAACAAAAGGGGGGGUAGGGAAUUAAAGCUGUUUUUAAAAGAAAAGAAGAGAGAGAAAUUGCAUUGAGAAUGCGUGUGUGACGUGGGAUUAGAAAUCGUGAACAUUAUCCGCGGUUAAUUCGUAGGCUGUUGACGAGAUAGAAGAAAGAGUCCCUUAGGACAUGGGAGAUUCUUGUUGUAGUCGAGAAUAUCGUCACGUUGCAGGUCUUAGGAAUGAGGGAGCGAGCUUUGGCGAGGGUUUCGCGGUGGUGGUUGAUCUUACUCUUCGUGGUGGUGUGCGUCGAGGGUACGCAAACUCCUUCGUCGUCUUCGAUCUCGGGAAAGAGAUCUUCGACGGGGAUAGAAUGUGCCGCGGGUUGCGAAUGUACGGAGAACGAGGAAAGUCUCUUCUGCGAGUCACGCAGCUUUCUUGGUCUUGGGAUACCGCAAGAAGCGGACACCGUUAUCCUGAAGAAUGUUCAAGCUGCCGCGAUUCCAGUUGCGGCAUUGGAAACCUCUGCUGCUCUGAGAAGUCUCAUUUGGACGUCAAGUGGAAUAGAAAGAAUAGAGUCUGGUGUAUUUCGAGCGACGGAAUCUCUCGAGAGCCUCAACUUAGGUGAUAACAGGCUGGCAGAACUGCCAUCGGACGUCUUCCACCCGUUGCGCCGACUACAGUACCUGAAUCUCACCGGUAAUCGAUUGAUCACCCUGCCGCAGGUCCUCUUUCAGGGCCUCGAUAAUCUCCACGAGAUACGUCUAGCGACAAAUCAUUUGUCCGUACUGCCCUUCCAAGCAUUCGGUCCAGUAAGAGGAUUACUCCGUCUGGAUUUAAGCGAAAAUUUGUUAGUAUCUCUGCCGGAUCAUAGCUUUAGACCCAACAAGCAAUUGGAAGAACUCCGAUUAUCAGCCAACAGACUCACGAAAUUACCCUCGAGACUCUUCUCCGGUCUUGCUCUGUUAAAAGUGCUCGAAUUAGCCGACAACGAGAUCGAUGUACUGCCACGUGGUCUUUUCGCCGAGCUCACAUCCUUGGAAUAUUUGGAUCUAGCUGGCAAUCCCGUUAUUCGUCUGACAAAUGCAGUCUUUCAAGGUCUCUCCAAUCUACGAUGGCUCAAUCUCGAGAGGUUACCAAUCUCCAAGCUACCUGAAGAUCUCUGGCGACCGACUAGCAAAUUGAGAACUCUUUUACUGUCCGGCACUCAAUUAGAGAUACUUCGGGAUCAGAAUUUCGCAGGAUUGUUGGAAUUGGAGACUCUCGAAUUAACAAAUAGUCCAUUGCGUGAGAUCUCUCGACACGUGUUAGACGAUACGCCGUCCCUUCGAAGGAUAAAUUUACGGGACAACGAUUUAGCUUUCCUUCCAGCCAACGUUGCUCAAUUACCAUAUCUUGGAGAAUUACAGCUUCAAGGGAAUCCAUGGGCCUGCGAUUGUCGUAUGUUCUGGUUUGUAAAAUGGGCGGAAAGCAGAACUCAUUUACGUGCAGCUUUCAAAAGUGGCCUCAGGUGCGGACAUGAGAACGAUGGUACCAUCAAUACCUUGCAAACUCUUCGUUAUCUAAAUUGUACAUCACCGACCCUGGCACGGGUCUCUUUCGCCAAUCAGUAUCUAUUGCUUAGUUCGGUUUUACUGGAGUGCGAGUUUAAUGGCAAUCCGGCGCCGUCCUUGGCUUGGGUCACUCCAAAGCUCAAGGUUCUUCACUGGAACCCCGAUCCGGCAUUCCCUGAUGCAUUUGUAGAGCAUCCUCACAUACAUGGAUGGAAACUGGACGAACCGGUCGACGAUGAUGGGAGGAUACGCAUUCUGGAGAAUGGCUCUUUGUACAUUAGCAAACUACUCAGGCAAGACGUUGGGAUUUACAGAUGCUUCGCUAUUAAUCCUAUAGCGAAUGCAACAGCCUAUAUUAUGUUGGCAAUGGAUCCUAUAACACUUCAUAACAUCCAAAUCUUCAGUAUAGUAGUGGGUGGAGUCAGCGCAACGGCCUUCCUCCUGUUGACUCUAUUUUUGCAGUUGAUUCGAUACUUUUUCCUGAGGCGCGUGGGUGCGACCCCAAGAGCAAAACAAAUUUAUCAGAUGUUGGAUAAUAUAGAACAGUAUAAGAGUCAACAAUUGGAGAGAUUGCGUGAAAAUUAUACUCAACAAGUGCAUAGAAUCAAGGACAACUGUGUUCAGCAAGUGGAAUGGAUUCGGGAUAGUUACGAGGGUCAGAUGAGACACAUACGCGACAUCAGGGACUAUGGUACCAGUCAUCUCACCGCACUAAGAGACCAAUAUUACGAUCAGGUGAAGAGAGUACGAGAUUACUCAACAAGUCAGCUUAAUUGGGUGCGAGAAAAUUACGUCUUCCAACGGAAUAAGAUUCGCAAGUUCAGUGCUCAUCAGGUAUUACGGCUAAGGGAAAGCUACAAAUAUCAACAGCAAACGUUAAACAAGGUAUUGGAGAAUCUACCGAAUCUUUAUUUCGACAAUUGUCGAAGUGGUUCCUGUGGAAAGAGCGAUUCCGUUGUUUUUGAGAACAGUAAAGAGGAUGGUUAUGGAGGACCAGAUACGUACUUCAAAGCAAAGAUCAACGAUAUGACGGCGGGUACUAGUUUAGAAGAUAUGAACAGCGAAUAUUAUACACCCACGGAAUUAUCCUCUGUCAGUCCACAUGGUAUGAAUACAUUGGAAGGUAUUCAUAUAAAUUAUAUCGAAAACAGCGGACCAAGGGCACCGCUGCAAAUCAUACUUCCCCCGCCUUCCCCGGUCAUAUUGCAUUGCAUCGAAGAAUACGGAAGUUCUACGUCCGUUUGCAAUGAGUUCGAUCAGAGUAAACCGGUUUACAAAGGUUCCAGCGCGGAGAUAUUGGCCGGAGAAUCGCGAAACGUACCGGAGAUCCUCGGACUACUCGCUCCAUGCACCAGUUUACCAGAACUUCCACGCGAGACUAAACUCUAGCCUAUCAGAAUUGAGCGGUGCACAAGCAGCAAAACCACUACAAGAAGCAACGCGACUCUUUCAUUCUUCAACGAUGGAAUUGACGCGAGGGUGUAUUUUGCUUGGUGAACAUUAGAUAUAUUAAAUAAUAAUAAUAAUAAUAAUAAUAAUAAUAAUAAUAAUAAUAAUAAUAAUAAUAAUAAUAAUAAUAGUGAGAAAAAAAAGAUUAAAUGGAAGCUGUGCUUUCGUAAUGGCCAUUGUUCAAAGUUGUUCCGCGGGG